AUGGCAUCACUGGUGCUUGCAGUGCUCGUGUUGCCGUCGGCAACAACUGCCGCGGUGGCCACGGCUACAAGAAAUUGCUCCGACACCUGUGGUAUGGUUGGUGAGAUACCUUAUCCGUUUGGAUUAGGUCCGUCAUGCUCUUUACCUGGUUUCAGCCUCACUUGUGCGGACAACACCAGUUACCCCAUGCUGGGCAACCUACCCAUCGAGAGCUUUGACAUCUUUGAUUCCAACAACCUGUACGCCAAUAUCUCGUACGCCUACAACUACCUGUGCGCCAGGAUCUCCUACACCGUGAAGAUGAUUCCCGGUGUCCGCGACUACUCUGUUCACUGGGAAGCUCCGGCCCGGCACUUUGCCAUGUCUGGCUCGUUAAACAUGUUGUUCGUCGUUGGCUGCGGCGUCAAGGCCUCGCUGUUCAUCGGCAACUCAACCAAGCUGCCCAAGGGUGUAUGCGAUGGCAUCGGAUGCUGUUUCAUUGACAUACGGGUGAACCUAAGGGCGUUCACCCUCAACAUCUCACGCACCAGCGGUUCUGCUCGCUCGAAGGAGGUGUACGCGUUCAUCAGCGGAGGUGGUAAGGACCAAAUAUUCUGGCCGAUUGACGCCCUGAGAUCUAUGUUGCCGGAAUAUCUCGAGUACGAAUUUGCUACCCUGGAAUGGGCUAUUCCCUACAAGCUGAACUGUAAGCGCGCCAUGGAGGACAGGGCAAGCUAUGCAUGCGUUGCUAAUCACAGUCACAGUGUAAGGACUCGUCGAUGGGUGGAUACUUUUGCGUUUGCAAGUGGGGCGACUACGGCAACCCCUACGUUGAUGCCAGGUGCCCGGAAUACGAACCACCUCGGCCAUCUCCACCACCUCCGCCACCUCCACCGCCUCCCGCUCCUCCGGCAGUCGUUUAUGACUCCAUCCAGCCGAAGAAGGAUUGUGACAUGUCGUGUGGGAACGUGA